CUUCGCCCUCUGCCAACUCGAGCAAACGUUUGUCACCAAUUCACGUCGUGCUGCUUCAACCUCCAAGCGAACUUUCCUCUCACCCCCACCUCACCGCCGCCAUGGGUCUCGCGGGCCCCAAAGCUAGCACAAAAAUCAGCAAAGACCCCCGCAACACCUUCUGGUCCAAGGACACCUCACGUUUCGGACACCAGUACCUCGCGAACCUUGGCUGGGUCCCUGGACAGAACCUUGGCGACACCACCUCCUCGUAUCAUGCCUCGGGCCACAUCACCGACGCGUCUUCAACCGGAAUCAAAAUCGUGCUGAAGGAUGAUACCCUGGGUAUUGGUGCUAAGAAGGGCGCGCAGCAUGAUGAGUGCACGGGUCUAUUGGGACUGCAGGGACUGCUGGGAAGAUUGAAUGGCGAUGAUAAGGUGGUCGAGCAGGUUAAGCUCGAGGAGGAUAGGAAGAAGAAUGAGUGGAUCCAGAGCAAGUGGGGCAUGAGGUUCGUGAGAGGGGAAGUCUGGGUGGCUGAUGAUCUUACGAAAUUGAGGGAGAGAAUGGUUAAAGAGAAGGAAGAGAAGGCGGAAGCUUUGAAAGCGAAAGCGGAGAAAAAGGAUGGCAAGAACUCGGAUGACAAGGACUCUGGUGAGGAGGCUUCGCGCAAAAAGAGGAAGAGGGAUUCGGAUGAUGUGGAGAAGGAUAAGAAACAAUCGAAGAAGUCGAAGUCAAAGGACGGGAAGAAGAAGAGCAAGCGACGUGGCUUGGAGGAGGACGGAACGGAGACACCAGCGACGACGGACCGGGAAUCGAAAUCCAGGUCCGUGUCCGGUGACGAGACAGAAUCUAAAGAAGAGCGAAAGAGCAGACGGAAAGAGGAGAAGCGGCUAAAGAAGGAGAGGAAGGAGAAGAGGGAUGCUCGGAGGAAGGAAAAGAAGGACAGGGAAGAGAAGAAGAAGAAGAAGAAGAAGGCUUCCUCUGAUGGUGAUAGCUCUUCAGAGAGUGAAACAGAGGCUGCAUCUGGAUCUGUGACUCCGGCGAGUGCGAUGAACGGUAGGCAUGCUCUGCGCCACAGGUUUAUUGCCGCAAAGAGGAGUGCUAUGAUGGAUGCCACAUCGUUGAACGAGAUUCUCAUGAUCAAGGCAUAAUAGACGGUACUUUGUGUACUUCGCCAUGGCUAGAGUCUUUCUCAGGUUAUAAAAAAGUUGAUGUUCAUAGCAUUUGUUUGGUAGCGAGUUGGGCUUUUCUGGAUUUGCAUAAUAUUGUGCAUGUAACUCUGUUGUCUCCUCCGGAAUACUGUAUUCUUCAAGGGGGAUCGCGUGGUAAAUUGAU